UAUGAGAAGUCUGCAGAUUUCGAUAUACACAAGGAGACAUGUGUGUAGACUUAACAAACAAUUGAAAAGUUUUAAUUUUACCGCAUACAUGUCUUAGACCGAAAUUUGGUAUGCAAACUUAAAUAUAGAAGAUGCGAUUUGGUAGCACGCAUACCAUGUCUGCAAACAUGUAGUAUCGUCUAUAUCCUGCUUUGUUCCAAUAAUAAUUUCUAAGAAUCAUGAUAAAAGAUGGCGCUAAUAAACAUUAGACGUUAUCAAGUUAAAAAUAUGGAAUCACCUACGACUGCAAGCACUUUCAAUAUUUUUAUAUCUGGGCAAUUGGAAUCUGCAAUUUUUCCAAUGGGUCCAGAUGCUGAUGAAAUAUUUUGCCGUUACGAAGUGGUUGCUGGUGCCGAUUGGGAAUUGGUGUCUGGUUGUCAAAAUGGUAUAACGCAGACGGCUUCAAACAAAUGUGGCCACUACAAUGACAAAAUCGUACUGAAUAUGCCAAUCGAAAUAACAUUCAAAAGUACAAGUCCUCAUGGAUGGCCUCAAAUAAUAGUUAUAAUCUAUGGUAAAACUCGCUGGGGUGUUGAAACAGUUUUAGGUUACAGCCGCGCUCAUGUACCUAUAUUUGGUUCGAAUAGUGCACGUAGAAUUACAGCGCCAAUACUAAUACCAAAAUGUACCAAUCUUGUUUCACAAAUGACAAGCUGGAUUACUGGAAAAAAUCCUGAAUUAAAGAAUCCAAGAAUUUUACUUGAUGCCAAUAUAAAUGGUUUAGCAGUGGAAUCAUAUGGAGAAAUUAUUCUGAUGUUUAACGUUAUUUCCAGAGGAGCAAAUCAGCUCGGAUAUGAUUGGGGUUGAAAUUAAAACAUAUAGAUAUUUUUUUCCAUUCGUUU